AGGGUAUAAUUGAACAUCAGCCAAUUAAAAUGCUCGGUUUUGGUCACGUCACUGAUUAUUAUUGACAGGAAAGAGAGCAAAAACUCCCUACAAAGUUAUAAAUGGAGUAAUAACCGGAAAUUUUGAAAUAAUUUAACACAAAAGGUUAUCAUGCGAGGAAUAUUUAGUUCAGUGCUGGUCGUCGUCGGCGGUCUUCUAACCCUUGCCGACGGGCAUGGUCGGCUCAUCAUGCCGCCGGGUCGUUCAACCAUGUGGCGUUACGGGUUCAAUACUCCGCACAACUAUGACGACAACCAGCUGUCAUGCGGAGGAUACGGGACGCAGUACUAUCGCAAUGGCGGAAGGUGUGGAAUCUGCGGCGACCCAUUCGAUGGACAACGUGACAACGAGGCUGGCGGGAAGUUCGCUACCGCAACUAUCGCCGCCACGUACACACAGGGACAGAUCUUCACGGUACAGCUCGAGAUCACAGUCAACCACGGCGGCUGGUUCGAGUUUAGACUGUGUCCAAACAAUGACUUCACGAAGCGCGCGACACAGGAGUGUCUGGACAAGUAUUUGCUUGAGCAGACGACAGGUGGCGCGCGCUACACGCUAAAUGAGGGGAGAGGGAUAAAAACAGUGACCUUGAAGUUGCCCAAGGACCUGACCUGCUCACAGUGCGUCCUUCAAUGGAAAUGGAACACAGCCAGUAACACUCGCUGUGACGGCUCGCAGUGUUGCCGCGGAUGUGGCCCGCAGGAGCAGUUCUACGGAUGCUCGGACGUCACCAUACUGGCCGGAAAUGGAGGCAGUGUACCGCAGGCCCCGCCCUCACAAAACCAGGGCGCAAAACCACAACCGCUUCCUUCCAGCCAAGGUUCGGUCUUCCCAGACUCCUUCAUACCGUCCUAUUCCGGUAGCGGUCAAGUGGCGCCGCCGGAAACUCUCGGCGUCGGCUCGACCGCCGGCAAAUGCGCGGCCACCAAGGAAUAUCGGCUUGUAAACAACGGUGCCGACGCGUGGUGUGUUACCAACUGUCGGCUCUUCAAUAAUUGUCCCAAAGAGAGAUGUACCGACGAAUGCCGACAGUCUCUGAGUGAGUGCAAAGCAAAACCAUUCUACGUGUCGAGAUUCGGGGCGCCCGAGUUGGCCAAUGUUUGGUGCAGGCAGCAGUGCACGCAGAGUAUUUGCCCGCUAGAGUUCUGUGAAAAGUCAUGCCUAAUGUAGUAGUCACAUGCAAUGCUAUUAUUUUACAUUUGAUGGUUUUCGUGUUAUUAAACAUUUGAAUUAUUCACUUGUCAGAAGAUUUAUGCAGUUACGUUUUUUCACUUAUGCUUUACGUGCAAUUGUAUUCGCAUUUUAAGUAAAUGUACUAUAAAAUUA